GCAAGGAAAUUUUCAACUAAAAGCAAAAUAUAAAUAUAUUUUUUUAACUAUGCCAUAACUAACAAGGUCUAGUUCUUGUUCUUCCUUUUCUAUUUGUUCUUAAGAACUCAGUCGUCUUAAAUAUCGUGAUUGUUGUUCAGGCAUAUCAAUCAAUCAAUCAGUUCUUUUACCUUGUUGAAAAGAUGUUUCGUGUUUGCACUGCUUUGUCUCCUGUCCUUGUUACGGGGCAACUGGGCGGUCUGCAGAUGCCACCGCUUGGUAUAAUUCUUACGCGUUCUGCAAAAUGCAUGAUGCGAAUGCUCAAGAUAAGUAGUAUCGAACAUCUGUUUUGAAUACUCGUACCUCACCCUGAUGCAUGUGUCUGUCUAUCACAACAUCUCAACAUCCUCCUCUUUCCUCUUGCUCCCUAAAAAACAGGUGGCGGCGCACCUCCUGCUUCAGGUGGAGUUGCAAUGCCUCCAGGGAUGAUGGGUGGCGGUCCGCCGCCUUCUGGUGUGCAGAUGCCUCCAUCUGCUGGAGGACGAUCCAACAUCGCAAUGGGACCUCUGUUGACACCAACUGGAGCACCUAUUCCAGGGACAGCGCCGACAUUAAGGCUCAUAUUUCGGAAAAAUAAAUGAAGAGACCCGACAUGAAAUUAUAAAUAAUAACUUCCUCUGGUCUGUCUUUUUUCUAGUUAGGUCGGCUCCACCACAAAAAUUAUACGUAGAUAAUAAUAAAUGAAGAACUUCAACAUCAUCUCCACCUGUGUAACUAAUAUGAUCCAACUUACUAGGUAGUAGUACCUCCAGGAGGGCAUCUUCUAACAUCAGGACCACCAGCAGGAGGCAGUGGCUUAGCAAAUAUGGUGAAUAUGGGAGGAGGAGGAGGAGCAACGCAAGAUCCUUUGGCACCCGUGAUUCAAAAAAUGCUCCAGAAUCCGGCACUGGAUGGACAGGUGCUUCUAGUAGUUGGAGUUUAAUACACUCGUCUUGCGAAGAUACUGGUUGGUAAGCAGGCAAUGGUGAUGAAGGGGUAACCUAUUUUUUAUGAUGGAAUUUCAUUUAUUGGUGGCACAGAAGAUUGUGGGAGCAUAGUCAAGAUGCCAGUUGCCCACCUCUGGCAAAAUAUUCGAUUUGAGACCUGCCCCCCAACCAUCCCCAUGUCCAGAAGCACAGGUAGAAACCACCUCGUCAACCUCAUAUUCAGAUAUGUACCGGUCUGAACAGGCAGCAAACUAGUGUGGGUCAAGAUUGCUGGCAAAAGAUUUGGACAUUCGUGGGCUGUAAAGCGGACAAUACGCCUAUGUACGAACAGUGGCAUGCGGCUCAAUCUCUAGAAAUUCUCACAAUCGACGCGGUCCAAUGGGCAAAUCUGCCAGACGAAAAACAUAAACAAGGUACUUAUUUAUUUAGUUACUUAAAUACGGCUUAGAAAAAUAAAAAAAAAGACAAACAAGAUGAGGAUCACUCAACCGUAUUUAGAGAGUGCAUGGAGUCGCAUGGAGUUCAUGGAGCGCCGACCCAGAAGGGACGCAAGAAGCGCCCCCUUUAGCUCCAUGCAACUCCAUGCGAUCCAUGCACUCCAUGCCAUGCGAGCCGGCAAACCUUAGAAAUUACGCUGUUACGAACCUAGUUAAAUGCGGUUCAGUGAUCUUCAUCUUGUUUGCACUAUCACGAUCACGAAGAUCUCGUUUUGCGGCAGACUAGUGUAGCGUCAAUCAUCAUGUUGAUCUUUUUACAAUAUUCUCGAGUUAAUGACGGAGACGGCUUUCCCUUUUUUCGCAACUUCCACCAAGGUUGCUACGGUAACGCCGGUCCGCCACCACCUGCUGGGCCACCGGGUCUUUCCGGGUCUCCGAUGCCCAUGGCAGGUAUGCCGCCACUUCCACAGAUGGGUGGCCAGGGACAGAUGGGUGGCCAGGGACAGAUGCAAAUGGGUGGACCGUUAAGACUGUGAUGAAUAGUCCUCAUCCUGCUCAUGAUCAUAAUCCUCAUCAGGAGCAAUGUCAAGAUGAUAAUCCUGCUUAAUCCUCAUCCUACAAGAUUAAGAUCUUGACAUUGAGCACAUCAUUUUUUUAUACCUAUCAAUGAAAUAGCCAUGUCAGACAAGUUUGUGACAACGUUGAGAUUUGUCACUGUGUAUCUCCAAUGAAAUAGUUAUACAGUUUUUUUCCCAUGAUCAUCUACACCUUCUAAUUCAACCUGGUGCCCCGAUGGGAGGACAGCAGCAACAAAUGGACCCGCAGCAAGCUGCCAUGGAACAGGCAAUAGGGCAAGCUGUCCAGCAACUAGUGCCUCAGUUGGCGCAAUCUUGUGGCAUUACGGCUCCGCAGCAGACUAAGGUGGGUAAAGAGUGCUGGGCGAAGGCUUGGGCGGCAGUGGGAUGCCAGCCGGACAGGGUACGAACCUGUCGUUGAACUAAAACUAGGACUAGUUGAGGAGCAAGGAUGUCUUUAUGUGCUAGUGAACGCAGUCGCGUGGUCAGCAUCGGAAGGAAAAAAUUGUUGAUUUUGAUUGUCAACAAGCCCCAUGUCUCAGUCCCUUAUGAUGAAAAAUUUUACACCAAAACAGGUCCCUCCCUAUGAGCAAUGGCAUGACAGCCAAUCGUUAGAGGUCCUUGUCGCAGACGUGGCACAAUGGGCAGCUCUGCCGACUGAGAAGCAUCGCAUGGCAUGCUAUGGGAAGAUGGAGUUGUAACCUUCUACGAGCGAGGGUUCGGGGACGUCUACGUACUUCUUACUUCAAAUAGUGAAGAUGAAGAAGAUGAUGGAAAAAUGAGGACGCUACUAGGGAGAGUGUCCUCACAUCGAAGAACACGUCGAACACGAAGCGCGUACAACUGUACAUGAUAAAUGAUGAAGAUGAAGGGGAUUAUGAUUACAAAAAAGGUUCCAGGUUCCAGAAGGCAAGGAGCAUUAACGACACCAAAACGAAUGGAUGAUUUGAUGGAUGCGCGCCAAUACACACAUUUGAGAAUACCCGUUUAUCAACCUGUCGUGUCUACUAGUUCGAAGAAAUAUGAAUGAUUGAACGAAUCACACGACCAAGGAACAGGCUU